UCGGUUAAGACUGCACUGUAUUUAAAUGUUCAGCGAUAUUUUGCAAAAAUUUGAAUCAGCCAAUCAAACAAGAACGUGCAACGGAAUGCAAAUGCAUCGCGGAGACGCAGUUAACUUCAGUUUGUUACUUCAAGAACAGAAUUGACAAGGAGGGGAGGACGUCAGGAACGUUUGAGUAUAGUGUUUGUAGUUUUUAUUUAGGCAAAAAUCCCUCUGAAUUGUUCGAAAAACAUCUCCUGCUUUAGAGCAGUAACAAAGAAAAGAAUAAUGAGAUUCAGUCUGUGAUAACCUCACGUGUAAAGUCGCAAGUAGCCAAAAGUAUAACCUCUAUAACCUCAAUUGCGCUUUGUUCCGCGUGCGAUCCGCAGCCGACAGAAUGGCAGUCGGCUCAACGAAGGUAGUCCAAGUGACAAACAUCGCGCCUCAGGCCACCAAAGAUCAAAUGCAGACACUUUUUGGAUAUCUGGGCAAAAUUGAGGACAUCAGGUUAUAUCCAACGAUUAGAGACGUUGCCGUACCCGUGCAGUCGCGCAUAUGCUAUAUUAAAUUUCACGACCAAGGCUGCGUUGCUGUAGCGCAACACAUGACUAACACCGUUUUCAUCGACCGUGCGUUGAUAGUGAUUCCUUAUCAGAAUGGUGAUAUUCCAGACGAGCAACGAGCCUUAGAGUUGACUAACAAUGGCACAGUUGUACCAGGCCUCUAUCCAUCAGAACCAAAGCUGCCACCGAAUGUAGUGAAUGCUAUUGAGGGUAUUCCUCCGAAUCAUGUGAUCACCACAAUGGAUCCUAAGCUGGAAGCAAACGGUUUACCAUCUUAUCCACAUCUACCGGGCCAUCUAGAUAGCAGGCGUAUCGAGGAGAUUCGCCGAACGCUUGUAGCGAAUUUGGAUCCAUCGGUGAGCCCUGAGCAGUUGCUGGACUUCUUCAGCAACAACAAUGUGGAGAUCAAGUAUCUACGUAUGUGCAGUAGGGAUUCGGAUGCUGAGCACUAUGCGUUAGUGGAGCUGUCAGAACAGGCUGCCGUGGUCUCAGCAUUACUGCUAAAUGGGAAACAACUUGCAGAACGACCAAUCAAGCUCUAUCACUCGAUGCAGGCAAUUGCUAAACCGGAAGCAAAAAGCAAUGAGGCUGCGCAGAAGGAGAUCGAGGAAGCGAUGUCGCGGGUAAAAGAGGCGCACAAUCUUAUCUCCGCAGCAAUUGACCCCAUGAUUGGCAUGCUAUCCAAGGAUAAACGAAGCAGAAGCGGCUCUCGCAGCCGCAAGUCUCGAUCGCGUUCUCGCGGUCGUAGCCGGCGUUCGAGAUCUCGUAAGCGCUCGCGAUCACGUCAUCGACGUUCGCGCUCCCGUCAUCGCCGUCGAUCGCGAUCGCGAUCCAAACGGUCUCGAUCAAAGGAUCGUAGACGUGGUUCACCAUCAAGACGGCGUAGCAGUUCGCGCAGUCGCCAUCGUUCGCGUAGCAGAUCGAGACGGUCGAGGUCACGUCGAUCACCAUCCAGAUCAAAAGAACGGAAGAAGAGAUCACCGCGUCGACGCAGUCGUUCACGCUCACGCAGCAAAGGUUCUACAUCUAGAUCUAGACGUUCGCGUUCCAAAUCUAAAUCCAGAUCAUCCAAAUCCAAAUAUGCCUUGGAUAAAUCUAAAGACAAAGAUCGGGAAAGGCAUAGCAAAGAUAAGUCGGAUAAUGGUAAAAGGAGUGACAGCGAUCGGGAGAGACCCGAGAAAGAAAGCAGUAGAGGUGAAAAGAAAUCCAGCAAGGAAAAGCGAUCUGGUGAUAAGUCUGAAUCCAAACACUCAGAUGAUAAAGGUAGAUCCGCAUUGGAGAGCAAUGAUAAUAAGGAGAAAACAAUGGAAUCGGAAAGCUAGACAAAAGUCCAUAAUCAAUUCAAUUAUUCAAACGUUUCAUUAAAUUCAAUAAGCUCUACAUGUUUUUAUUGUUAUAUAUUGGUACAGUAACAAAUACACGAUAUUUACAUCGAAUACUUUAUUCGGAAUGGCAAUUCGUUUAUAUUAAUCAUACAAAUAUAUCAUAGGCUCUCAAGAUUCAUUAACAUUUAGACACGAAUCUUCAUUUUCUUUUUUCUCGGAAUCGGCGGUUUGACUUUUUCCUCUUCUUCCUCUUCGUAAUACACUUCUUUUUUAGAUUCGUCUUUAGAUGAUCUAAGAAAAUGAGAAAAGUGUGUCAUGAUUUUCAUUCAAUUGACUAACCAUGAUCAUAAAUGUGAACGCUCUUAGUUGCUAUAGUUAUAUUAAAUGAAAUAGUUUAUGAAGUUCACAAAACAAUUUAUAAAAGUAGUAUUGAAUACUUUACAAAAAAUUAUAACUAUUGUAAUCGAAUAUGGAAGUUCAAUGCGCCUAUUAAUUUCAAUAUUAAUUGGUUUGAUUUAUCAUAAUAUAUUAAAAGUACUUUAUACCUUCAUCUAAGAUUGUAUAAAAAAAAAUCAAUAAGCAAUAAAAAUAGAAAUAAUCCA